UCACGUACACUUGGAUUUUCCAAUAUCUAUAUUUAGCUCUGGUUUAAUAAUAGCGACACAGCAAAUCGAAAGUAAAACUUCAUGUAGCAGUAUUUUCAGAAAGCAUAAUUUCAUUUAUUAGUUACGGUUGGAACAAAACAAAAUUGCUACUAUAUACUAAAUGAAAUUUAAGCAAUCCCGCACCGGAAAUGGAUGACUCGAGAGACACGUUAAUAGUAACCGGAUGUACCGGAAUGACAGGGAAGCAAUUCAUUGAGACUAUGUUGGUUUUCGGCAAAUUAAAAAUCAAUGACGAUGGUAGCAAUAUGUCUCGAAUAUUACCAGAGAAAGGCAUAGGAAUUGUCACUUUUGAAAAACCAGAAAUGGCUGAAACUGCACGAGGAAUGUUAAACGGGCAGGAGAUUCAUGGGAAUACACUAACGGUGCUAACAGCUGCCGAGUUCUUCAAAACAGCUAAGCCAUUGAAGGGUACUAACGAUAGAUAUGGUAUUAACAUGGCAUGGCAGAUGUGGAACAACAAUAUCGAGAACGCCGGUGGUAAAGGCGGAAAGGGCGGAUCUGGUUUCCUCGGGGGCAUGUUAAAAGGUCAGGACGGUAAACCGGGCCAACCGGGACCGAACGGAAAAGGCGGUGAAGGCGGAAAAGGCGGUCUGGGAUUUUUUAGCGGAUGGCUUACGGGACGCAAUGGGAAAGAUUGCGAUGGAGUAACGAGUGGAAAAGGGGAAAAUGGAAGCUUUGGUAAGGGAAAAGAUGGGACAGACUGGGGUGAUGGUAAUAGGGAAAGUAUGGGUUGUGGAAAAGGGGGAAAAGGAGGUUUUGGUAAAGGCAAAGAUGGACAGAGUUGGAGAGGUAAUGCUGACCAAGACAAGUGUGAAAGCGGGGGAAAAAAGCCUAAGUUUGCGGAACAUGGUAGUGAUGAGGCCGAAGGGGACAGAAAACAAAAUAGAUCUGGAAAUGGGCAAAAUGGUUGCAGUAUUGAUGAUAGGGAAACCAACUCCAAUGUUGGUGGUGCAGGUGGCAAAGGAGGGGCGGGUUUGUUUGGGUGGUUCAAGGGCAAAGACGGGCAGCCAGGGAGUCCGGGUCCGAAUGGGCAAGGUGGAAAAGGGGGGUAGAGGCGGUAGCUUGCUGUAACCAACUUGUGAGCUUAAUAAAUCACUGAAUAUUUAACACGUAACGAACGUGUUUGGACAUCAAGGCAAGUUGGACAUUGUUUUGUUACACACGUUAAAUCGACUUUUUGGUAAUUGCAUAUUUUGUAUGUUCAGAGUUUUAUACCUAAAGUCUAAUAAGGUAUGUGAAGAGUGUUGUUUUUAUGAUUGAGUGCAACAUUUCUUUGUAUUCAUUUUAAGAUAUACGAAAUAGUUGAAAAAAUAUGUUAUCGUGUUUGUAUGUGCAUGCACCUGUGUGUGUCCCUUGGACCGUGAUGUUGUUUCUUCGCUACUUUGUUUUGUGUCAUAAAUUAUACACAAAUU